CCCUCUCUGGAGUAGCACACCCCAUCUCAGUGGGAAGCUCACCCAGUCUCCCCUUCCUUCCCUGGCAGGGAGCAGUUGUCAGCAUGGAGGAUACCACAGCCAUAGUCACCACAGACCAGUAAGUGUUAGGCCCUUAUCAGUAGAGAUCACCAUUGUUGGGUGUAAUGCGUCAUUCCAACAUGUUCUUAAGCCCUUUUACGGGUGUUAUGUUUAUUUAUUUUGCCCUAUGUGAGCCACAUUGCAAUACUGCUAAGCCUACAUUAAUUUCUACAUGUUAUAGUCCCCGUCUUUCUUCUUUAUCUCAGUUGUGCACCAGUCACCAAAGUGGCACAGCAGCAGGCCCCAGGUGAUGAGGAGGAUGAGGAAGCCGGGGGCUGGGACGUAGGAACAGAAAGCUGGAACCCACAGAGUGCAGGUAAACUCCCUGUGCUCACGCAGCCUGGGCUGGGGGUAACCACGACGACAGUGACCACCAUCACUCAGACGGGAGGGGACUGGAGCAGUAGCCUGUUCAACGUGUGUGGAGACAGGACCACAUGUGAGGCAGACACAGCUUUGGGCUUAUUUCACUGCAUUGUACACAUUCAAGUGUAAAAGUCACAGUUACCGGUUUGGGAUACUGAAAUAGUCAGAUGGUGGAUGGCUAUACUGCUAUCUUACAUAGUGAUGCUUACACUCUACCUAUGUUAAUUUAGGAAAUUCAAUGUUGCCCAAUGUUAAAGAGAGGAUACUUCAUAAAGAUUACAAUUCUCUUGCAUGAUACCAUAUCAAUCUACAAUACUCUGUAGGGCUGCUAAACAUGUAUUCAAAUUAGAAAAGUUUUCCGUAACCGACUGCUACUAUCUUGUGGAGAUUGCAUUGCACUAAACCUAGUAGAGUUUUCCUAAGCCCUGUAUCGCUCUCAUUUUCCCCAGGUCUCUUAGGGGCCUUUGUGCCCUGUUGCUUGGACCUGAGUCUGGCCCACCAGUACGGGGAGUGUCUGUGUCUGUGUCUGCUCCCUGGCUCCACAUUCACCAUGCGGGUGGGCAUCAGGGAGAGAUACAAGAUACGGGUGAGGAUUGUUACGCAAUAAUGACGAGGGUUAAUGGGUGUUAUUAGAAUCCAUUAACGACCUGCUGGUGUCAUGGGGACCAAAGCAGUGUUCUCUCACAGAGCAAUUCAGGAUCACUGUUUAUUUCAAGAGAUGUUGGUUGCACAUCAUGUACAACAAAUUAUUGUACAACGAAUGAUAUGUGUGUCACUGCUGCUCACAUUUACUUUCCUCCUGUCUACCCAACUGUGACUGUACACCAUAUUUUAUUCUGCAUGGCAUGCGGUGGGCGAUUUGUUUCUGAUUAGUUAUGGAAAGACUCAGUAAAUGACAGUGACACCACAUUUUGUUCUGCAGCCCAAAAAAGACCCCUGCCUGAGACCAGAUGUGAACUUCCCCUUGUUCUGUCUGUCUGUGUGUGUGUGUGUGCGCGCAGGGCAGCGUCUGUGAGCACUGGACUACGCUGUAUGGCUGUUACCCCCUGGCCAUCUGUCAGAUGAUCCGAGAGAUGAAGAGGAGGAUGAAGAACCAGAACUACCAGGUAUCCACUGCACUAGAGUGCUCC